AUGAGAGAACUAAAAUACCACGAAAAGAAGCUUUUAAAAAAAGUCGAUUUCCUCAACUGGAAAUCCGACGCCAGGUCACACGAGCUCGCCGUUCUCCGGCGAUACCACAUCCAAGCGCGAGAAGACUACCAUUCGUACAACAAGCUCUGCGGGUCACUCCGUUCGCUCGCGCACAGGCUCUCCCUUCUCCCUGCCCAAGACCACUUUCGCACCCGUAUGGAAGGCCAGAUCCUCAGCAAGCUGUAUGACAUGGGCGUCCUGAACCAGAAAGCGAAGAUGAGCGACGUGGAGAACGCACUGACUGUAGCGGCGUUCUGCAGACGCAGGUUGGCGGUCGUCUGCUGCAGACUCAAGAUGGCGGAGACGGUCAAGACUGCGGCCAAGUACAUCGAGCAAGGCCAUGUCCGCGUAGGACCGGAAACGAUCACCGACCCGGCGUAUAUGGUCACUCGACAAAACGAGGACUUUGUCACCUGGGUAACCACGUCGAAGGUGAAGCGCACGAUCAUGAAAUAUAAUGACGAGCUGGACGACUAUGACUUGUUAUGAGCCGUUAGCGGUCGGGUAGCAGAUCUAGAGUGGGGAGGUUGGAGGUUGGGGGUUGGUGUGCCUUUUCUCUGCUUG